CUACGGUUGCACAAAGUGGCUAGUAAAUAAACCGUGCGGAAGCAGCAGGAGCAGAGAGUCCGGGCUCUAGUCGAGUCGGUCCACUGACCACGUGAUCUUGGUCAAUUCUAUCUCUGAGCCUCAGUUGCCUCAUCUGCAAGAUGGGAAGAGAAGCUUUCCUCGGCAGUCUUCACCUAGCGAGAACAGCUCAACGAAUGUUCCUUGGUUGGUUCUGGGCCCGGCCGCGGAAAGGCAGUGGGGAUGCUCGACGGAAAGGCAAGGGACCAGGGAAUCCAGAUUCUUUCUCCGGGUUCCUCUCUAAAAAGGAGUCAGGCCAGGAGUCUAGGACCUGUUAGCUCGGACCUACCCGGUGCGAAGACCCCCUGCCGCAAGUCCAUCAACAGAACUUUAACAAGAAAGCGGAAGGAAGGGAGGGUCAUUUUCUUCUUUUUCUUUUUUCCUUCAAAUACCGCUCCAAAAAGAAAAAGAGGGAAGCGUGUUUCGGAUCAGCCCCGGCUCACGCGUGGAUCCGCUGCGGCGCCCCCCGCUGCCCGCUCCCGCGCCCCGCCCUCCGUGCGCAGUGCCUCGGGCCCGCGUGGCCACGCCGGCUUGGGUGCGACUGGAGGGCGCUUGGCGUCCCCUGCCAGGCGGGCCGCCUCUCGCCCGGUUCCUAGAGCCCUAGGCCGCCGGAGCGUAGCGGGCCGUGGCCGGUUUCCGGGCGGUGGCUGGGCGCGGGAGAUCGGGCUUGGAGGCCGAGCGCCGGGGUUUCGGAGCCGGCAGACGGGGCUUCCAAUGCGGGCUCUGCCGCUCCUCGGCUGGGCGGUAGCGAAGAACAUCCUUCAGCUCCCUCUGCGCCUCCCUCUCCCCAACUGCGAAGUGGGGUUAACCUUAAAGGACAGGACACUGUAG